AUGGCAAGGUUUUCAAAUUUCUUUGUAUUGCUGCAGGUAUGGCUAUCGAUCUUUGCCACAGUGUGUGCCGCUGACUUUUACAAGCUGCUUGGAAUCUCCCGAAACGCGUCACCCAAGGAGAUCAAGAAAGCCUACCGUCAAAUGUCCUUAAAGUUCCACCCAGACAAGAACAAGGAGGAGGGAGCAGCAGAAAAGUUUUCGGAGAUUUCUAGAGCCUAUGAAGUUCUAAUGGAUGAGGAAAAGAAAGGAAUCUAUGACCGACAUGGGGAGGAAGGUCUGAAGCAACACGAACAACGCGGAGGAGGCGGCGGAGGAGGAGGAGGUUUUGAUGACUUUUUCUCUGGCUUUGGCUUUGAUCCCUUUGGACAGGGUCGUGGACGACGACAACAGGAUAAUCGCACUCCUUCUGUCGAACUGCCACUUGAAGUUACAUUGGAGGAGCUAUACAAGGGCACUACCUAUGAUGUUCAAUACGUUCGACAAGUACUCUGUCUCCGAUGGGAAAUGUGUAUGAAAUCAAUGCAAGAAUGUCAGGGUCCAGGAAUCAGACUUCGAAGACAGCAAAUUGCUCCAGGAUUCGUCCAACAAGUUCAGCAGCACGAUGAACGUUGUGUUGCUCCUGGAAAGAUGUGGCUCAACAAUUGUGCCGAAUGUCCUUCUAAAACAGAAACGGAAAAGAUUGAAUUGACCAUUGAUGUUACCAAGGGUAUGCGGCCAAACGAACAGAUUACAUUUGAAGGGGUUACAGAUGAAAAGCCAGGAUACAAACCAGGUGAUUUGAGUUUCGUCAUUAUGGAGAAGGAGCAUCCUGAAUACCAUCGUGAUGGGGACAACCUUUACAAGACGGUCGAAAUUCCAUUGGUACAAGCACUGACUGGAUUUUCAAUGACGUUGAAGAAAUUGGAUGGAGAACCCUUUGAUGUAUCCAUUAAUGAUGUGAUCGAAUCAGACCAAGUGGUUCGUGUCCCUGGAAAGGGUAUGCCACGACGCAGUGGAAGAGGAUUCGGUGAUCUUUACAUUACAUUUGAGGUGGACUUUCCUGACAAUCUAUCAGACGAUCAAAAGGCAGCCAUCAAGAAGGCCCUGGAUCCCGAGGGCAAGCACACUAUUGAAGGCGGUCACAGUGAACUGUAA